AUGGUCACCCGGGAAGUGGGAACAUUGGUGGUGCUGUUCGGUGGAUGUCUUGCGUCACUGUUCGUACAGCGAAACGAGAUCAGGACGUAUGAUGACCUCGGCGGCCUAUGGACUUUUGUUAGGGAGACAUCAAAUACAGGAGAUAUCGGCAUCCGGAAUGGGUGGUUCGAGAAGGAUCUCGAUGAUUUUAAGAACCACACAAUGAUGCCGGUGCCCUGCGCUUAUAACGAUCUUUCGACCGAGGCCGAACUUCGCGACCACGUCGGCUGGGUGUGGUACCAGAAAAAGGAGAUUAUUUCCAAGCGAGACGCCGAUAUGCGUUUAUUCCUGCGUUUCGAGUCGGCCCAAUAUUUCGCUCGUGUGUAUUUCAACCAAAAAGACGUCGGCUACCACAUUGGCGGUCAUCUACCGUUCGAGUUUGAGGUCACGGAUUUGGUGAAAUUCGGAGCGGAGAACGUGAUUACGGUGGCGAAAAUCUCGCGCUACCCGCCCGGUUUCUUCAAGAUGGUCGGGUUGUUCGACUUUUUCAAUUAUGCCGGACUGCUGCGUACGGUGUAUCUGGAGAAGCGGCCGAAAAUCUUUAUCGAGGACAUUACGAUAUAUGCUGAACAUUUGGGUUCUUACAAGUGGACGGUUGCCUUGAAUGGCAGUAGCGGGGAUGAGGUGGUGGCGUUGCACGUGAUAGACGCCGACGGCAAGGAGGUUUCCUCCACAACCGGCCUCACCGGAAGCUCUCAAAUUCCCGGAGCAAAGCCUUGGUGGCCGCGUGGCAUGGGCGACCCUAAUCUCUACACACUUAGGGUAGAGCUAAAAUCCGCUUCCGGCGCCCUGCUCGACGUCUACAACGAGGAGUUCGGCUUCCGCACCGUCAAAUGGGACAGCGAUCAGAUUUACAUCAACGACAAGCCGUUCUACUGUCUUGGAUUUGGGAUGCACGAGGAUUUUGAGAUUCACGGGCGCGGCUACGACCAGGCGGUGAUGACCAAGGAUUUGAAUUUGUUCGAGUGGAUGCAUGGAAACUGCUACCGCACCUCGCACUACCCGUACGCCCAGGAGAGGAUCAGGGAGGGAGAUCGGCGAGGGAUCGCUGUCAUUUUGGAGACGCCGGCUGUCGGGCUAAAAGGCUUCCCAAAAAUGAACCAACUGCUGCACCAGCAAUUCGUCGAGGAAAUGAUCCGCCGCGACAAGAACCACCCGUCCGUGUUUAUGUGGAGCAUCGCCAACGAGCCGCACAGCGAGAAGAAGGAGGCGCGCAACUACUUCAAGGGGCUCAUCGACCGCGCCCACGCCCUCGACCCCACGCGCCCCGUGACGAUCGUCUACGGACCGUCGAACUAUGAUAAUGACCAGACGGCUGACCUGCUUGAUGUCGUCUGCGUGAAUCGAUACUAUGGAUGGUAUAUCGAUAUGGGAUUUUUGGACAAUGUCAAUCGCUCUGUCACUUACGACUUGAUGCUGUGGAAGGAGAAGUUCGGAAAGGCUAUCCUCGUCACGGAAUACGGGGCCGACAGCUUGGAUGGGUUAACCCAGGAGCCGGCCGUCGACUUCUCCGAGCAGUACCAAGACGUCGUCAUCCGCGAGACGCACAAGGCGUUCGACACACUCCGCGCCCAGAAGGUUAUCACCGGCGAGAUGAUAUGGAACUUUGCCGAUUUUAUGACAGGAAUGUCCACAACACGCGCUGUCGGGAAUCAUAAGGGCGUCUUCACGCGCAAUCGUCAGCCAAAAAUCGCCGCCUACACGUUACGGAAACGCUACGAGUCUCUUUUCAAGCAA